AUGCGCGGAGGUAACGGCGAUGGACACGAUGACAGGUCGUCUGGGUACAGAUACGGCAGCUUCGGCGCGGUCCCGGCGUCCGAGGAGGCCAUCGCCGGGCUGGAGGAGGCGGCCGUCGAGGAGACGAGGGAGGCGGAGUGCGCUGUAUGCAAGGAGAGCUUCGAGGUAGGCGACAAGAUCAGGAAGAUGCCGUGCUCGCGUGGAUACCACGAGAGCUGCAUCUUCAGGUGGCUCCGGAUCAGCCGCACCUGCCCGCUCUGCCGCUUCCCGGUGUCCGCCGCCGACGACCGGACCGAGUAG